CCUCCCCUUUUUAUAUUCCACUCCUCCAAAAACCAAAAACCAUAGAAAUUUCAUUUUUUUUUAUAUGCAACGUCCCCAAUAGUCCAAUACCAAACAAAAAUGAAAAUCUCAUACAACCCCAUAGCUGCAUUUCUAAUCUUCUUCUUCUUCUUCUUCUUCAAUCUUAGCCAACACUAUGCCCAAGCCCAACCAAACACCACCGGCUAUGCCUGCAAUAUCAACCAGAGCUAUCCCUGCAAAACCUACGCUUUUUACACCGCCACCGCCCCCAAUUUCCUCGACCUGGCCGCCAUAGGAGACCUCUUCUCCGUCAGCCGCCGCAUGAUCGCAGAAGCCAGCAAUAUCUCCGCCGCAAACGCCACCCUCCAAGCCAACCAAUCCCUCUUUAUCCCCAUCUCCUGUUCCUGCAACACCGUUAACUCCACUUUCGGUAGCAUCUCCUAUGCCCCUCUCGACCACACCAUAGUUCCCGGCGACACUUUCUACAGAGUGUCCACCCUGGAAUACGGAGACCUCACCAGCUUCCAAUCCGCCAUCGUCGUCAAUCCCACGGCGGUGGUCACCGAUCUUCAGCCCGGCGACCAUAUAACUUUCCCGAUCUUCUGCAAGUGCCCCAAUUCCACGGACUUGCAGAACCGGAGGAAUCUCCUCAUCACCUACCCGGUCCAGGUUUCCGACACCCCCGCGACAAUCGCCGCAAAGUUCGGCACGACAACGCAGUCUUUGAUCGAUGUGAACGGGAACAACAUAGGACCCAACUCCACCAUUUUCGUGCCGGUGUCGCGGCUUCCGAACAUCACGCAGCCCGCAACUUCCGCUCCGGCGCCGCCGCCGCCGCCUGCGGUGUCGCAGGUUGUACGGAACAGAGACAGGAAGGGCGCGGUUAUAGCGCUGGCGAUUCUGUUGGGGGUUUGCGUGGCUUUGCUGGUUGGGGUAAUCGGGUUCUGGGUUUACAGGGAGAAGAAGAGGGAGAAGGAGAGGGGGAAGUACGCGGAUGUGGCGACUAAGGAGAGUGAAUUUGGGAAGAAUAAGGAAUCGUCGGUGGUUAAGGAUAUGGAAGUGAAUCUGAUGGCGGAUGUUUCGGAUUGUUUGGAUAAGUAUAAAGUGUACACGAUGGAGCAGCUUUGGGAAGCCACCGAUGGGUUUAACGAUAACUGCUUGAUUCAAGGGUCGGUGUACAAAGGCUCCAUUGACGGCGAUAUGCUCGCAAUCAAGAAGCUCAAAUGGAAUGCCCGUGAAGAACUCAAGAUCCUUCAAAAGGUAAACCAUGGGAGUUUGGUGAAGCUGGAGGGGUUCUGUAUAGACCCAAAGGAAGCCAAUUGCUAUCUGGUGUACGAGUACGUGGAGAACGGCUCACUCCAUUCAUGGCUGCACGGCGGCGACCGGAGCGAGAAACUGAGCUGGAAAACCCGGCUGAGCAUCGCCACCGACGUAGCCAACGGCCUCCAAUACAUCCACGAGCACACCCGCCCCCGCGUCAUCCACAAGGACAUCAAGUCCAGCAACAUCCUCCUCGACGCCGCCAUGCGCGCCAAGAUCGCCAACUUCGGCCUCGCCAAGUCCGGCUGCAACGCCAUCACCAUGCACAUCGUGGGCACCCAGGGCUACAUCUCCCCGGAAUACCUCGCCGACGGCGUCGUCUCCACCAAGAUGGACGUCUUCGCCUUCGGCGUCGUCCUGCUGGAGCUCAUCACCGGCCAGGAGGCCAUGGACGCCGACGGGAGGGCGCUGUGGGGUAAAGCCCUCGCCGGCCCCGGCGCCGCCAAGGGGAGCGAGGAGAGGAAAGCGGCGCAGGUGAGGGAGUGGAUGGAUCCGUGUCUCGCUAGGGAAUCUUGCUCCAUGGAGAGCGUUAGUAAUGUGAUGGCGGUUGCGGUUGCGUGCUUGAAUAAAGAUCCUUCCAAACGCCCGACCAUGGUGGAUAUUGUGUACGCUUUGUCGAAGAGUAAUGAUUUGUUCUUCGAUGUCUCCGAUGACGGGUUGUCGUCGGGACCUGUGACGGCCAGAUAAGAUGAUGAUGAAGAAGACGACGCACCAGAUCAGAGUUCCCGGCCUAUAUACAUAUAGCCAAUGUAUGUAUUAAAAUCUUAAAAUAAUUUUUGAGUUUUGGAAACAUGUAAUAUGAGCUGAGGUUUUGUUAGUUUUUGGUGAAGAUUGACAGGUGGCAAAUGCAUAAUAAUCAAUUUAUAUGUAAAGUAAAUAAGAAAAAAAAAUGUUAUGACAUUCUCAAGAUC